AUGUAUGCAUUGCCUACUAGAGCUGACCGUGCCGGUCACCUGUGCGUACCGCCUGACCCGGGUAUAGAGCCUGCUGCUCUAGCUGCUGGUGAGGCUGCUGCUCUGGGUGCUAGUGUGUCUCCUGCUCCAGUUGCAGUCUCUCUGGCAGACCCCUCUGGGGGCCCUGUCCUUGCUCACUUCUCCACUGUCCUCCCGUGUCCGGCGGCCCCCUCUGGCACCCUGUCUGGUCUUUACCUCCCCUCGUUCUCUACGAACUUGGUGAGUGGUGAUGACCUACAGGAUGCGGGGGUUUCACCAGUUCACUCCUGCGAGUCAGCGGGUGACCCACUGCACGGACGCUCGGACAGGCCGACACCUGGCCACGUUUACUCGUCGGCCGGGGUCGAGCCUAGGGGCAGCAGCGGGCUGCCCCUCACUCCUCCCAUUUUCCUCCGACAGAGGCCCCGUUGCAGCCGCUUCACAUGGACGUGUGGGGCCCAGCCCGCGUCCGUGGACAGGGUCACGAGCGCUACUUCCUGCUCGUUGUUGACGACUACUCGGGUUACACCGCAGUCUUCCUUCCCCUUGCGCAGCAAGGGUGAUGUCACUGAGGUGCUGAUCGACUGGAUCCGCGCAGCUCGUCUCCAGCUCAGGCAGAGCUUUGGCUCGGACUUUCCUGUUCUGCGUCUGCACUCGGACAGAGGCGGAGUGUUCUCCUCUGGCCUUCUGCGAGCCUACUGUCGUGCACGAGGCAUCCGUCAGACCUUCACGCUUCCGGACUUUCCGCAGCAAAAUGGGAUUGCUGAGCGCCGCAUUGGCAUGGUCAUGGACGUCGCUCGUACGUCUAUGAUGCAUGCGGCUGCCCCCCAUUUUCUGUGGCCGUUUGCGGUUCGGUACGCGGCGAAUCAGAUCAACCUUCACCCCAGGGUCUCCACGCCGGAGACCUCCCCAGCCUUGCUAUGGACGGGGAAGGUUGGCGAUGCGUCUGCGUUCCAUGUCUGGGGAUCUCGGGCGUUUGUUCGCGACUUGUCUGCGGACAAGCUGUCCCCUCGUGCUACUCCUUGCGUCUUCCUGGGUUUCCCCCCUGACGCGCCAGGGUGGCAGUUCUACCACCCCACCUCUCGCCGUGUUUCUGUCCUCCCAGGACGUCACGUGUGUCCCAGGUACACGCUGUCGAGCCUGUCGAGGUCGCUGGUGACUCUGGUGCUGCUGGGGGUGUUGAGCCUGGGGCCUGAGGGUGCUACGACUGGGGUGCUGAGCCUGGGGGUGCUGAGCCUGGGGGUGCUACGCCUGGGGGUGCUGAGCCUGGGGGUACUGAGCCUGGGGGUGCUACGCCUGGAGGUGCUGAGCUUGGCGGUUCUCCGGGUGCUUCGUCUCGCCGGGCCACCACUCUCUCCACAGGAGCUGCGUGAUUGGUUUGCCCGGCGCUGGAGGCGAGCUGCUGGAGCUGGAGGUGCUGCGGGUACUGGAGGUUCUGCUACUGCUAAGAGUGCUGGUGCCACGGGUCCCGGAGGUGCACGUAUUGGGAGUACUGGAGAUGCUGGGCCUGCGGUACUUCUGGAGCGGGAGCUGCUUCGGGUGUUGGCGCGGAGGCUACUGCUGUCGGUCCUUCGGGUGCUGAGCCUGGAGGAGCUGCGCGAGUGGUUUGCCCGGCGCUGGAGCCGUGCUGCUGGUGCUCGAGGUUCUUCGGCUACUGAGGGUGCUGCUGACGCGGGUCCCGGAGGUGCUCGUACUGGGAGUGCUGGAGCUGCUAGGCCUGCAGUUUUGACUGGAGCUGGUGCUUCUGAGGGUGUUGACGCUGAGACUACCACUGGUGGUCCUGCUAGGGGUGCUCCUGGUGCUGCUGAAGGUUCUGGAGCUGCUGGAGGUGCUGCUGGAGCGGGUGCUCCUGCUGGGGGUACUUGUGCUGUCCCUGCUGUUUCUGGCGUCGCCACGCGGCCUCGACCGUACUUCGUUCCGCUCCUUCAGCAGGUUAUUGUUACAGUUGCAGCCUACCUCACCUUUGUCUGCUCUUCUCCCUACACUGGUCCUACUGGAGGUCUUGCUGAGCGUCGUGAGCCUGCGUCUCGCCCUACGUCGCCUGUCCGUGCUGCUCACGCUAGUGGUCGUGGUUCGCGUCAGGGUCCUCCUCCUGUCCCUGGCACACACAGGAUGUCUCUGCGUCCGUCUACUGCUCCUCUGCGUGCCCCUUUACCUUCUCUUCUUGAGUCCUCUCUUCCUGCUCUUGCCGACCCGGAGUCGGACUCUCUUCGUGCUGCCAGUCCUACUGUCAUGCGUCUCCUUGCUACUGUCGUCGCUGACCCUUCUUUUGAGUCCACUGCUGCGGCUGCCCUCGUUGCUGAGCUCGUUGACUUUGCUGCUCGCUGUCGUCUAGACUACGCUGCUAGUCUUGUCGCUGAAUCUGAGCAGGAGGAGUUCCAGUGUCUGGCUGCCGCUUCACCUCAUCUCGUGUUCGUACUGCUUACCCCUGAAGGAGACCCGGAUGCACUUGACAUCCCGACUCCGCGCUCUUACGUGGAGGCGAUAGAGGGUCCCUACUCCUCUCAGUGGCAGGCAGCUAUGGAUGCAGAGAUGGCUUCCUGGAAGUCCACAGGCACCUAUGUUGACGCUGUCCCCCCUCCUGGGGCGAACAUCGUCAGUGGCAUGUGGAUCUUCAGGGUGAAGCGGCCGCCGGGUUCUCCGCCUGUCUUCUAG